CUGUAAAAAUAUUUUAAUCAUGCUUGAUAUAAAAGAUGACUUGCUGAAGCUGCGGCUGUCAAUCAUGCAGUCUUCGGUGAUUGAAAGUAAAGAUAACAGGCUCAGAAGCGUGGUUGUUUUUUUCUUUCCCGCUCUUAAUUAUUCAUCAUGUCUACUGCCGGUCAGGUUAUAAAAUGUCGUGCUGCUGUUGCUUGGGAAGCAAGAAGACCUCUAAGCAUUGAGGAAGUCGAAGUUGCUCCACCCAAGGCUCAUGAAGUUCGUAUCAAAAUACUCUAUACUGGCGUUUGCCACACGGACGCAUAUACUCUUUCUGGCGUUGACCCUGAAGGCGUUUUCCCUGCUAUUUUAGGUCAUGAAGGCGGAGGUAUUGUAGAGUCUGUUGGCGAAGGCGUGACUGAUGUUGCUCCUGGCGACCAUGUUAUUCCUCUUUAUACCGCCGAGUGCAGAAAGUGCAAGUUUUGCACUAGUGGCAAAACCAACCUUUGUAGCUCCGUUAGAGCCACUCAAGGUCGUGGUUUGAUGCCUGAUGAAACAGUUCGCUUUACAUGCAAAGGAAAGCCCAUCUAUCACUACAUGGGUACUUCUACUUUCUCAGAAUACACAGUCGUUGCUGAUGUCUCUGUUGUCAAGGUCGAUCCUAAACCUAGCUUAGAAAAGCUUUGUCUCUUGGGUUGUGGUAUCACUACAGGUUACGGUGCUGCCACCAAGACUGUCAAGGUCGGUGAAAACGAUUCUGUAGCUGUCUUUGGUGUCGGCUGUGUCGGUUUGAGUGUGAUCCAAGCCGCUGCGGCAAACAAGGCCAGGCGUAUUAUUGCAGUCGACAUCAACCCUGAUAAGGAAAAGAUCGCCAGAAAGUUCGGCGCUACUGAUUUCGUUAAUCCCCGUGAUCAUCCCAGUACACCCAUUCAAAACUAUCUAGUAGAUAUCACCGAUGGCGGACUGGAGUAUACAUUUGAUUGUACUGGUAAUGUUGACGUGAUGCGAUCUGCCCUUGAGGCCUGUCAUAAGGGUUGGGGUGAGUCUGUCAUCAUUGGUGUUGCUGCUGCAGGCAAGGAAAUCAGUACUCGUCCAUUCCAAUUGGUUACAGGCCGUGUCUGGCGUGGCUCUGCCUUUGGAGGUGUCAAAGGUCGCAGUGAGAUGGGUGGACUUGUCCAAAAAUAUCUUGAUGGUCAGCUGAAGAUUGAUGAAUUUAUCACUCAUACAUUUGAUUUGGAUCAUAUCAAUGACGCAUUUGACGCUAUGCACUCUGGAAAUUGUAUUCGAUCUGUCGUUUCGGUUGCCAAGGAAUGAAUAAAUAAAUAGAAACUGUGGUCAAUAUCUAUUAAAAGAUUUUGAAGCAUAUACAUUGCAUAUGCAUUAUCUAUCUUUUUCUAUAAACAAAAGAGAAGCUAGUAACCCUAUUCACACAUACACAGCUUGGAUAGAGAAAAGAGAGAGAGGAAGAGGGAGAGAGUGUGUCUGCAAAGGACACACGUACGAGGAAACAACGAAAGAAAGAGAGAGAGAGAUGCGCCAAUUUGUGUAACUGAUAGGCA